AACAAUUCAGUUUCUUUUUACGGCUAGCGCGUGUGAUUGUUAUGUAAAGUAAAAAAAUCCUAAAUUCCUUUCUAAAUCAGUGUGAAUCCUAGACAGAAUCACCAUGCAUCGAUUCCUUGUGCUCAAGAGUACCAUUCCCAGUAGUUUUCAUCUCCUGACUCUGCCCAAGUGCCCGAGUAUUGUCCAAAAUUGCUGGACCACGAGUCGCGUGGAUUUUCCUCAGAAUUUUAACUUUUGUGUUCAGAGGCAACAUUCCACCACUGUUAAUCUCGAUGCUCUUCGUUUGAUCAAGAAGAAAAAGAAAGCCCGGAAGAAGAAAUUCAUAGAAUUGCUGCAAGUUACAGACAGAACGACAAAGGAAACUAAGACUUCGGUGAAAAAAUUGAAAAACAAAAAACUGACAGAGUUCAUUGGGAAUGGGAACACAAGUAUUUCCUCAGUUGCUGCCCUAAGUUCCGGCGUAGAAUACUCGAAAUUUAACUUUACCCUCCAAAACAGUCCAAAAUUCCAGACUGAAGAUGUCCCAAUGGUCUUUGUCAGUGAAAAAUUGGGCGUACAGAGGGCUACACAACUCUCGCCGGAUGUUCUCAAUGAGAUCCUCGAGAGUUAUCAGUGUUUCCGGGAAAUGACAGAAAUAGGAGAUUCCGCAGAGACUCUUGCUGCUUCCCCCACUGAGCCCUUUGCGGAGGAAGUUGAAGCCCUGGAAGGGGAAAUUAUGGAGCCCGUGGAAGCUGUACCUGCUCCAGCAACCACGAAGUCCAGCAAGAAGAAGGACAAGUUCAAAUCUCGUCAGCACGUGAGUUCAGAACAGGAACAGUUGGCGAAGCAAAAGUGUCUGUUCACUAAUAUAAGUGCCUACCUGGAAUUGUGUGCAUCCAGUGGGAUGCUCAAUCGAGGUCUCACCACCUUCCUCAAUUACCGCAAUCGCUGGAAGAGAUUCAACAUCACGCGUCACUUUGACAUUCGACUCUACAAUAUCCUGCUGCAGGGAUUCGCUGAAAAGGGAAAUCUCUCCAAGAUCAAGGAGAUUCUCAACAUUAUAAAAGCUGAUGGUGUCAAAAUGAUCCCACAAACCUUUGCCAUUGUCAUCGAAUGCAUCGGAAGGCAGGAACCUGACUUGGAGAAUACAAAACUCCUCCAGAAAUACCUCAAAGAUGCCAAUGCCUUGGGAAUCUCCCUGAAUGACAUCAUGGACAAGAGUAAAUUCCUUCAGGAUCAGAGAGAAAUUGUUCUGGAUACAAUUCAUCGGCUAGAACCCAAUUUUCUGCCAUCCUAUGCCGCACCUGAACUGACCUACAAUAACAAUCUCUUGAAUUCUCUCAAUCACAGUGUCCAGGGCAUUGCAGAGAGAGCUGCAAUUGCAGAAAAUAUUUCCGAAGAAAAAUUGAAAAAUAUCAAGGAAUUAAUGAAAGAACAAUUGGACAUUGAAAUGAAGGGAUACCUUACGGUCAAAAGUAUUGAAAAAUUUCCAGAACCAACGCCACUUGUUCAGCAUUAUAGAAAAAAACUCGAUGAACUCCAAAUAAUAUGGAGAAACCAAAUAAUUGCAGCAUUCACUCGCGAUCUAAAUACAAUUCGUGCUCAGACUCAGUGCAAGUUCAACAAGUCCAUCAAUCUCUUUCCGUACUUGAAAGUUCUUGAUACUGGGCAAUAUGCAGAUAUUCUGUUGCGAGAAAUACGAACUCUGGCUGAAGGAUCUGAGACUUACAGUCCAACAGUUGGGCAGCUCUAUCGAGAAUUGGGCACAAAAGUUCAGACGCGGUAUCAUUUGGAGAGAAUGAAGAAGGUUGGCCUACUUCACAAGACCAGAGACAUCUACUUGGACUACCUCUUGGCGCAGGAAUGUAAUGGGUCAUCAGGGGACAACCAUAGGCAGCUCUGGCAGAGAUUGUCCUAUGCUGCGUGCAGCGAAGGUCCAAGCAUGGACUACAUGAACCAGCCUUGGUCCACAAAUGUCACUUCGGCCAUUGGCAAGUUCCUCUACAACAUCCUCAUGAGGGACGUUAAGAUCGAUCUGAAUGCGACGAGAAUGAAUGGAAAGAGUCAAAAUCUAUCACCGGCAUUCUUUACGCUCUACAGAAAUCAAGGACGUCACAUGAAGGAGGAAGUUAAGCCCCAUCCAGUGCUUUCAAAAUUAUUUCGUGGUGCUCAGCAGGAAACUCUGACGUUCGACACAAAUCUCGUGCCAAUGCUUUGUCCGCCACAGCCUUGGAAUACGCCCAAUCAGGGUGGAUACUUAAUAACUAAGAGUGAACUCAUUCGAUUGCCCCAUCAGGCACAUCAGCAAUGGACGAGAAUUUGUGAAGUAUCUCCUAGGAAUUUAUAUCCAGCUCUCGAUUGUCUCAAUCAGCUGGCUUCUGUGCCAUGGAGGGUGAAUGGGGAGGUUUUGGAUGUUGUUUUGGAGGUGUUCAAUAAUGGGGGAAGUUCAAAAUUGGAUGUUCCUCAGCCACCGUCAGUUUUGCCCGCCCCAAUGGCUUUUCCGGAAGGUGAAGAAUUGACCAAUGAGAAGAAAUUUCUCAUGUACAAACAGAAGAUGACACAUAAGCGUCGUCAGGCGGAAAUGUACAGUCUCUGGUGUGAUUGUCUGUAUCGACUGUCAUUGGCUAAUCACUUCCGGAAUCGACCAUUUUGGUUGCCGCACAAUAUGGAUUUUCGGGGGAGGGUUUAUCCGCUUCCUCCGCAUUUCAGUCACAUGGGAUCUGACUUGGCCAGAUCUCUGUUGAUCUUCCAUGAGGGAAAGCCUUUGGGUCCGGAUGGGCUGAAAUGGCUCAAGAUUCACUGCAUAAAUCUCACGGGAACGAAGAAGAGGGAAUCAAUUGAUGAUCGUUUGAAGUACGCUGAUGCGAUAAUUGAGGAUAUUCUGGAUUCAGCGGAUAAUCCUCUUGGUGGGAAGAUGUGGUGGGCAGAAUCUGAUGAACCAUGGCAAACACUGGCAUGUUGUGUGGAGAUUGCAAAAGUCAUGAGAUCAUCCAAUCCGGAAACCUUCAUAAGUCACUUUCCAGUCCAUCAAGAUGGAUCUUGCAAUGGACUUCAGCACUAUGCUGCUCUUGGAAGGGAUACAGCUGGAGCAAUUAGUGUUAAUUUGGCUUCAUCAGAAAUCCCUCAAGAUGUCUACAGUUCCGUUGCUGCCCUCGUGGAGGAAGCUCGUGCCAGAGAUGCUGCCAAUGGAGUGGAAAUUGCCAAAAUUCUCAAUGGUUUUAUCCGGAGAAAAGUGAUCAAACAAACGGUAAUGACAACAGUUUACGGUGUCACUCGAUACGGGGCUCGCCUACAAAUUGCUCGGCAACUCAAGGACAUUGAGGAUUUCCCCAAAGAUCUCGUGUGGCAGGCUUCAUCCUACCUCACGGUGAAAACCUUCGAGAGCCUGAGGGAGAUGUUUAAGUCAACGAGAGAGAUUCAGGACUGGUUUACGCACUGUGCUCGACUUAUUUCGGCUGUUUGCUUCCAAAAUGUCGAAUGGGUGACCCCAUUGGGGCUCCCAGUUGUCCAACCGUACAAUCGCAUUGAGCGUUCGGCGAUGCAAAAGGGCAACAAAGUAGGCGAGAACUUUGCCAUUGAUAUGUACGAAAGGCCAAACAUUAUGAAGCAAAAGAAUGCUUUCCCCCCAAAUUUCAUCCACUCCCUCGACUCCAGUCACAUGAUGCUGACUUCACUCUUCUGCCAAGGAGCCGGACUCACUUUCAUCUCCGUUCACGACUGUUUCUGGACGCAUGCUUGCACCGUACCACAGAUGAAUAUCAUCACCAGGGAGCAAUUUGUGGCGCUCCACUCGUUGCCCAUUCUCGAGGAUCUGUCGGUGUUUCUCAAGCAGAAAUACUGCUUCAAAGACAGUGAUUUGAAGAAUGACGGAUCAGUGUCUGAUGCCACUAAGAAGAAAUUGAACAGGAUCCUAAGACAAUUGCCUGGAAAAGGUGAUUUCGAUCUCAACAACGUGCUCAAAUCUAUCUACUUCUUCAGCUGAAGAAGCUGCCAAGUGAUUAUUGUAAGAAAAAUUCCCCUACUAGUAGAUUGGUAGAUACUUCUAGUCACAGGACGAUGCAAAAAAGAUGUGGAAAGUGCAGAAAAAUCCAAAAGAUCACAAGUGGAGAAACGAUGGGAAUUGAGGGAGAGGGAUGAGUGUAUGUUAUUUUUAAACGCUGCACUGGACCAAUGUUCGUUAGUUCCGAAUGCUUGCUUCUCUUUGGGAUCUCAUCAGUCGCCUCCAUUCAGUCUUGGCUGGAUUGUUGGAGUGAUCGGACGAAGUGAUCAGCAGAUCAUUGGGAUUUCUGUUUGGUGCAAAAAUAAUAAAAGAAAAAGUGAAGAAAAAUCAA